AUGGGCGCCAAGACGAGCAUCAUCACGAGCGAACAGCUGGCCGAGUAUGCCGAGCUAACGUACCUCAGCAAAUCGGAAAUCAUUUUCAUCCUGCAAAAGUUCCUCCUUCUCGAUGGGGGCCAUCAGUUUUCGCUUACCAAACGGUUCCCCGAACAGGACGUGGUUAAUUUGUUUCCUCAGUUAAAGCAUAAUCCAUUCCGCGAUCGUUUGCUGCACGUGUUCUCGUCCGAGCAUGAUGAUCGGUUUUCGUUCGAGGAUAUGCUGGACCUGUUUAGUGUGCUUUCGGAGAAGUGUCCGCUCGCGGUGAAAGCUACCUGGGCCUUUCAGAUGUACGAUUUUGACAACGAUAAUCUCAUUACAAAGGAGGACAUUCUGGAGCUUUGUGAUCGGAUCACGAAGCACGAUCGGCUGGGACAUGACGAAAAGAUGAGCAUUGCUGAGCUGCUUCUCAAGGAGAUUGAUCUGCAGAACAAUGGCAAUAUUGGAGAGUUUGAAUUUAUCCACGCCAUGAGUAAGAUGCCCGAAUUCCGACAGACUUUCUCGUGUCGUGUUUAG